AUGGCCAAGACAGUCCUCAUCACCGGUGCCGCUGGCGGUCUCGGAAAGGCAAUCGCCGAUGCUUUCCUCGCCGGCGGUGCCAAUGUUGCCGUGUGCGACGUCAACCCUCAACGAAUCACGGCUGUCGAAGAGGAAUGGACCAAGUCCUAUGACGGCAAAUUCCUCGCUCAACAAGCCGACGUAACAGACGAGGCCGCUUUCCAAAGUCUUGUCGAUGCCACUGUCUCCAAAUUCGGCCGCCUGGACGUUUUAAUCAACAACGCCGGCGUCAUGGAUGACUUCUCUCCCGUUGGCGCAUGCUCCAAGGAGACAUGGGACCGUGUCCUCAACAUCAACCUCAGCGGGCCAUACACCACCUCCAAGGUCGCCAUCGCCCAGUUCGAGAAGCAAGAUCCCGUCGGUGGCAUCAUCAUCAACAUGGGCUCCAACGCCAGCAUUCAUGGAUUCAAGGCCGGAGCGGCUUACACAGUAUCCAAGGCUGGUGUCAUGGCGUUGACCAAGAACACGGCAGGCUUCUACGGGCCAAAGGGUAUCUACAGCAUCGCAUUGCUUCUGGGCGGCAUGAACACCAACAUUACCGAUGCCUUCGCCAAGGGCAUGCACAUGGAGGCGUUCCAAGCCAUCUCUGCUUCUCAGUCGCCUGCGGGUCUCGAGAAAAUGGUGCCUAUUGAGAGCGUGGCCAAGUAUUGCGUGUUUUUGUCAGAGAAGGAUAUUGCGACGAGCGCAAAUGGGUCUUGCGUUGUGUUUAACAACAACUGGCCUGAGGCGUAA